AUGGUGGGUUCUGAAGAGGAUGAGUAUAAGUUUGACAUCUUGGGAUGGUGGUCGCGAAGUGGGAUGAAAUAUCCUAUUAUUUCUGAGAUGGCUAGGGAUAUUCUCGCUGUUCCUAUUUCCACGGUUGCUUCUGAGUCGGCAUUCAGUACAGGAGGUCGAGUUUUAGAUUCAUUUAGGACCUCCUUAUCCCCUGAAGUUGUGGAGGCUUUGAUUUGCUGUGAAGAUUGGAUAAGAUCUUCUAACUCUGAGUUGGUGGCUGAUGGAGAAGAUGAGUGUGAUGAAGUUGUAUUUCAGAAUGUAUUUGCAGCUUUUCAAACUCGAAGUGCAAGUGCACCUGCAGAACCUAGUGGAAGCUCACAUUCUGCUCAUGUUCCGAUCUCGAGUCCUACUGGGUCACAAGUCGAAGAAGUUUAUUUUGAUGAGGAUUCUGAUGGGAAUGAUGAGACUUGUGUGGAUAUAGAGUCCGAUAAGGUGGAGUGA